AAAACAAUUAAAAAAAUAAUAACAAUUGCUAAUUGUUAAUAAAAAUUUGUGUGGUUUGUAAGUGAAUAUGACGUCUCCAAGGCAAUGUGUGACUCGUUUGACCAAUUUACCCAAAGGACAGGGUCACUGCAAUUUCGUUGCUGUACAUAGUUUGAAUAACGGUAAAUGCCUCGCUCAAGAUCCCCUAUUAAAUACGUCAGUGACUCCGGCAGAAAUUAAUAUCAUUAAACAUGGAUUUGAAUCAAUAAAUAGUUUAUUCACAACUGGUAUAUCGUUAGCGGGCAGUAGAUUUAUUUUUCUGACAAAAGUGGAUAAUGUUUUGUAUGGAAAGAAGCGUGACUUGGGGUGCAUUAUCAAGAAAUGUCAAGAAUCUGACUCGGUUUUAAUUGUUAUUCAUUCGUGUAAAGAAGAAAAGUCUGACAUCUUAAUGGAAAUGUCGAAAAUUUUCAAAAGUUGCGAAGAAACUGGGAUUUGUUAAUUAAUUUUAAUGAUUAAAAUAUUAAAAAUUUUUCUUGGAAAAUUGUCCAAAAAUUGUUCAAAAGAAAUAUUUUUCGAGUUAUUCUAUGUAUUACUAUUAAUAAAAAUUGUUUAUAAAGCUCCACAGCAACAUUACACGAUUAUAUAAGUUAACUGAUCUCUGUUCAAAAGUUCAAAAUGCACGACUUCUCACCUUUAUUUUAAAAAUAACCGAAAAUA